AUGAGUUUAGAAAUGAAUGAUUCAUCAGAUGAAUCUAUAGACAUAUCUUAUGGGAGGAAAAGAGUACAACCUAUCAAUUACAUUUCAGAUGAAGAUGAAUUAGGACCGGAAGAAAAUCAAGGGGAAGAAUGGAGGCCAAUUCAAAGAACAGAAAUACAAAGCACCAAUACAGAACAUGAACAUACGCAGGACGCGGAGCUUCUAAUGCCAGAUAUUAGGUUAUACUGGUCCGAGAAGAAAAUGUAUGGAAACGAACGCAUAAAAAAUGUAAUGAAACGCGAUCGCUUUUUAGCUAUUCUGAAGUGCCUACAUUUUAGCGAUAAUACCACAUGUAAUACCGAGGACCCGUUGAAUAAGAUUAGUAAGAUCGUGACUGAAAUUAGUACUACGUUCAAGAAUACGCUAAAACCUGGAAAAACUGUCGUUAUAGACGAAAGAAAACGUCAUAAAUACGGCAUAAAAGUAUACAAAUUAUGUUUACCAAGCGGUUACACCUAUGAUUUAGAAAUUUAUGCCCGAAAAAGGAUGAACACUUCAAUACAUGCACAUGGAUAUGAUGUCUCAAAAUUGAUGAAUGGCUUGUUAUUUGAACACCGCGUUUUGUAUACAGAUAGUUUCUACUCAAAUAAAAACAAAAAACAAAAACGUGGUGAAAUUAAAAGUUUAGAAAAUCGUUCUAGCAUAAAAUUUAUGAAAUGGACUGAUAAAAGAACAGUUUGUAUGAUAACAAGUUGCCCAAGUCAUAAUUGUCAGUUUAUUGAAGGAAAACCUGCAACAUACAAACCAGAUCUUGUUUUCGAUUAUAAUGAUGCAAAAAAAAGAGUUGGUUUGGCUGAUCAAAUGUCGUCAUAUUAUAGUAGUCUAAGAAAAACCAUAAAAUGGUAUAAGAAAAUUAUUAUACAACUGCUUUGCGGUAGAGCAAUUGUAAACGCAUAUUAUAUACACAAGAAAUGGGGUACUCGAAAUAUGAGUAUAUUAAAAUUUAGAGAAUUAAUUAUUGACGAAUUAUUAGCUGAUGAAGAAAUACCAGGGGCACAAAAAACCAGGAACGUUAAACAUUUUAUAGAAACCCGUUUAGGCCCAGCAACAUACACCCGCAAACGCUCCAAAGAAUGCUACAGGAAAUUAUCUGAAGAAAUGGGUGCCUCUAUGGCGGCAAAAAAAGCUAAACGUGUUACGACAUUUUGUUGUCUUUGUGAAAAUCAACCACCUUUGUGUUUACAAUGUUUUAAGAAAACUCAUGAAAAUAAAUAA